AUGGAUACAAAUGUGAAAUAUGUCGAUAUGGAAACUUCAAAAAAAUACAGUUUUUGGAAAGGUGCUAAUACUUAUUGUAGAGAAUACACAGAGAUAUCUGGUAUUCAUGGACUCCGUUACUUAACUGAGAAAAGAACUGUCUUUGAAAAAAUAUUGUGGGGACUUUUGCUACUAAUAUCACUAGCAGGAUGUACUUUAAUGAUCUAUCAAAUAGUAGAAAGGUAUAAAAACAGCCCUAUCGUAGUAAGUUUUGCAACAAAGGACACACCCUUGUUCAGCAUUCCCUUUCCCGCAGUAACAAUUUGCCCCGAAUCAAAAUGUCUAGAAGACCAUUUUAAUUAUUCUGAUGCGUAUAACAAAAUAUUUCAUUCGAACACACGUUUAAACAGUACUGAAAUGCGUAAUUUUUAUUACAUAAGUUUAUUAUGUAAUUCAUUCGAACAAAAUGCAUUUUUUACUUAUGUUUAUAACACAGCAUUCCAAGUUGAAAAUGAUUUUAGUGACAUAAUUAAUGAAUUAAGGCCUGAUGAGUUAAUAAGUUGUUCAUUUAUGGGAGAUGAUUGCUUGGACCAUUUGUAUAUUGUUCUUACCGAUCAAGGAAUUUGUUACUCUUUUAAUAUAGUUGAUCAGGAGGACAUGUUCAGAAGUGAUGUAAUUUAUUAUAAACCAUAUCGAAACUUAACAGCUAAACCUGUCAGCUAUAACAGUGACACCGGAUAUGCAAAAGAUGCUGGCAUUAAUGCUUAUCCAAAACGAGCAUUGUUGUCAGGUGCUGAUGAUUCUUUAAAUAUAGAAUUAGCUCAUGAACGAUAUACAACCGAUUUGCUAUGCAAUAAAAACAACCAAGGAUAUAAAGUUUUACUGCAUAACCCUCUAGAAUUUCCUCGUCUCAGUAAGUCUUAUUUUCGUGUUCCACUUCAAAAGACAGUGGCUGCAAUGGUUGAACCAGCACUUAUCGCAACAACACCAGCAGUAAAAAAUUUUAACCCAGAUUCGAGAAACUGUUAUUUAGAAAACGAACGCCCUUUACUCUACUUUAAACCUUACACUCAGUUAAACUGUUUACUCGAGUGUGAAGCAAACUUUACUUUGAUGAUCUGUGGCUGCGUGACUUACUACAUGCCAAAUGAUAAUUACAUGAAAGAUUAUCUAACCAUGAUAAAUACCACUGCGCUACUAGGUUUAGAAAACUACUAUUAUUCGUCUUUGUUUGUCUACUUUAAGUCAGAUCAGUUCACUGCAAUUGAAAGAAAUGAGUUAUAUGGACCAUCAGAUUUGGUAGCAAACUUUGGAGGUCUUCUGGGACUGUUCACUGGAUUUUCACUCAUUUCUGGUGUAGAAAUUAUCUAUUUCAUUACAGUAAGAAUAUAUUAUAAUAUACAACUUUAUGGCAACUGGCUUCCUGCAGAAUUUCAACCUCCCAAUUUUGAUAAACUCUUGUGGGAUGAGAUUCGUACUCGUCGUCAAGUCUCAACUGAAUCUGUCGGUAUUUUUAUUGCUCAAAUGGACAAUCUUUUUUCGGGUUUUAAUCGUCUCAUACCGGAGGAGGUCAAAGUGAAUGUAGUCACGCCAGCCAACUCUGUCGAGGCCCUUUGCGGCCUUUGCAAACAGUUAGAGCGUUGUAAGUAUACAGCCGAUGACUGCCAAGGGUAUCCAAAUUCGAGUUCCAAGCGUUUCGAACCGGACUUGGCCUGCUGCAUGUCUUCUAGUCAAAAGUCGCGGGGUCAACCAAAAGUGUCGAUGGUAGAGACGAAAUCGAGUCAUUCUCGUUCAAAAUGUGACAAGACUGUACAUCGUCUGUCGAUUAUAAGACUGUUAAGGGCGUUACAUGCUACCGAUGCAAGAAACCCGGCUAUACCACUAUUCAUUCCUAUCCACAUUUUAAUUUACAGUCUACUCCGAGUACGUCUCGUUUGGGAAACUAGGAAAGGGCCUGGAAAAUGGUCGCUUCCAAGGUCCAUCCUCAUCUAA